UGUGCCAAGGUGAAUUUCGAGGUUGUCAGAAGCAACUUUCCAGAAGUUCUCCAGACUGUACAGUUUGUAUUAACCCAAGUAUCCAGAUGUCGCAGCAUGUGUAGUGAGGUAUUGCUUAACUUUGACAUAUUUAGGAAGCUCUCAGCACAUAACACUACUAAACAAAUAGAAAGCCGAUUCAGAUACUACUCAUGUGCAACGUUGUGUACGAAGAUGCUCCAUUCAGCACCUCUCGGUUUGUUGUCGCUGUUAUGCAUAUUAUCUGGAAUAGAUGGCGGUAAAGUGCUGGUGUUUCCACUAGACGGAAGUCACUGGGUCAACAUGAAGGCCCUGAUCGAGGAACUGCAUAGCAGAGGUCACAAGGUGACUGUGAUUAGAGCCUCCAACAGUUGGUAUAUCAAGGAGGAGUCUCCCUUCUACAAUUCCAUCACCAUUCCAAACACAGGAGGAUUUGAUGAGGAGUUUUUUGGUUUAUUGAUUGGCCGUCUCUUGAAGAUUAGAAGAGAAGGGUCUUCUAUUUGGAACCGCCUUCAGCUGGAGUAUGAAAUCAUCAAGAAGUUUAAAAGCAUGCAUGAAGAUAUGAUGCAGAUGAUAGAGAGAAUGUUAGAGGACAAGGAAAUUAUGAAAUCAAUCCAAGACACUAAGUAUGAUGUGGUGCUAGCAGACCCAGCUUCCGGAGGUGGUGCAAUCCUAGCUUACAAGUUUAAUAUUCCUUUGGUUUUCAAUGUUCGGUGGACCAUUCAGGGAGAGGGACAUUUCGCCCUUGCUCCUUCCCUUCUGUCUUAUGUUCCUGUCCCAGGAGCAGAGUUAACAGACAAGAUGUCAUUUCUCCAACGUGUCAAAAAUGUUUUGACUUACUUGUUUACCCGAUUCCAGAUUGCAGUCGUCACUGACCCCAUCUAUACUCCUUUCUGUCUCAAACAUUUUGGCCCCAGUGUUAAUUAUUUCUCCCUUUUCCAAGAUGCAGAUAUCUGGCUUAUGAGAAAUGACUUUACCUUUGAGUUUCCACGACCCACAAUGCCCAAUAUCGUCUAUAUGGGUGGCUUCCAGUGUAAACCCGCCAAGCCACUUCCAACUGAUCUUGAGGAAUUUGUGCAGAGCUCAGGAAAGCAUGGAGUCAUUGUCAUGUCUUUAGGCACCCUUGUUGCUCAGCUUCCACAAGAUGUCACCAAUGACAUAGCAGCAGCUUUUGCUCAGCUUCCUCAAAAAGUGAUUUGGAGAUAUACAGGUCCUCGACCUAUGACCCUUGGUAACAACACUUUACUUGUAGACUGGCUCCCCCAGAAUGACCUGCUUGGACAUCCCCAGAUUAAAGCAUUUGUAGCACAUGGAGGAACCAAUGGAGUUCAGGAAGCCAUCUACCAUGGAGUGCCCAUUUUGGGUGUACCUUUAGUUUUUGAUCAGCCUGACAAUCUCUUCAGAAUGGAAGCGAAGGGAACAGCAAAAAUUGUAGAUAUUGCAACUUUGGACAGGACUGUGUUUCUUGAGGCAUUAAAGGAGGUUUUGCAUAACCCAUCCUACAAGGAGAACAUGCAGAGACUGUCCAAGCUGCACCACGACCAACCAAUGAAACCUCUUGAUCGUGCUGUCUUCUGGAUUGAGUUUGUCAUGAGAAACAGAGGAGCUCCUCAUUUACGAACACAGUCAUUCAGAAUGUCUUGGAUUGAGUACCACUCUAUAGAUGUUAUUUUGACUUUAACUGCAGCACUUUUCAUAUUUGCAUUUUUGUUUAUAUAUGUGAUUCGAUAUCUUUUUAGAGUUUUAUUCAAAAAGAAGGUUAAAUGUGCAUGAUAGAAAUGACUAUUGUGGGAGUUCAUUGUUAAAAAUAUUCUUG